UUUACUGGUUUUGGUGGCCGUGCAAGAAAGCGGCUGUGUUUGAAUAGAGGUUGAAGCGUUUUAUUUGUUGACUUUCUCUCUUGUGAGCGUUUUGUUGUCACGUAGGGCUUGUGAAGUAGGGAAGUUCAGGAAACAAUAGCGUUUUGUAAUUUGUUUCUACAUUUAUUUAUAUAUCCUAUCAGAUGACAAAAAAAAAGGAUAUGUACCGUGUUAUGAAUUAUAUAUAUGUUUUUUUAACAAAAUUAAAUAUAUAUCCUAUGAAAAGGAUAUUGUACGUUAGGACUUAGGAGUAGUGUAGAAACCAAACUGUACAAAUUCAGUAACAUUACACAGCUGUGUUCCAUUGAAGUCUCUAUUAUAUAGAUCACAAUUUGUUCAAAGUAACCCACACCAAUGAUCACAAUGAAUCUCCUUCUUCAUCUCUAUAUCUUCUUCUCCAUCAUCUUUAUCUCCCUCUCAUCUUCAUACAGUUGCACCCCAAAUGACAACAAUGCCCUUCUUCAAAUCAAGAAAUCUCUUAACAACCCUCCCUACCUCUCCUCCUGGAACCCCCGAACCGGCUGUUGUACGGGCUGGACCGGUGUGGAAUGCACUGACGGCCGCGUCACCUACCUCUACCUUUCCUCCAGCACAAUCUCCGGAAAUAUCCCACCCGCCAUCACCAUGCUCAAGAGCCUCAACCUCCUCUUUAUAAAACACACCAAUAUCUCCGGUCCAAUUCCUGAUAACAUCAGCGACCUCAAGAACCUCACUUUCUUGGACCUUUCCUAUAACCAAUUGACUGGUCCAAUUCCCGGUUCGCUAUCUCAGAUGCCCAAGCUUGAAGCCAUUGAGAUCCAUGAUAAUAAGCUAACCGGUUCUAUACCAAACUCUUUCGGUUCUUUUGUUGGCAACGUCCCUGAACUCGACUUGUCUAACAAUCAGCUCUCAGGGAAAAUACCGGAAUCGUUGUCAAAAUACGACUUCAACGCAGUGUUUCUGUCGGGAAAUAGUUUCACCGGAGAUGGUUCCAUGUUUUUCGGACGGAACAAAACAACAAGACAACUGGAUCUGUCGAGAAACAUGUUUCAGUUCGAUCUCUGUUAUAAAUUUAAGUGUAAACCGACGGUUAUUAAAUUAACCAUUGCAACUAUUCAAUUUAUGGUUAUUAUUUAAACGUACGGUUGCAAACGUACGUCACAACUUUUGAACCAUAUAUAAACUUUGUUUCUCUUGUGUCAAA